GGCGCACACAGCGAUCUCCAUCUUGUAGGAGAGCCGGUUCCCGAGCGGGCCUCGGGGCGGGGCCGGGGGCGCGGCUAAAUGAGGAGGGAAGGUUCGCCUGUCACUCACGGCUCGCCGCUGUCCCACUGCGACCAAGUCCUCUGAGCUGCGAAGGUCAUGCUGCCCAACACCGGGAAGCUAGCGGGAUGCACGGUUUUCAUCACAGGUGCAAGCCGGGGCAUUGGCAAAGCCAUUGCAUUGAAAGCAGCGAAGGACGGAGCAAAUAUUGUAAUUGCUGCGAAAACCACCCAAACACACCCGAAGCUCCCAGGCACGAUCUACACUGCUGCUGAAGAAAUUGAAGCAGCUGGAGGAAAGGCCUUGCCAUGUGUUGUUGAUGUGAGAGAUGAGCAGCAAAUCAACAGUGCAGUGGAAAAAGCUGUCGAGAAAUUCGGAGGAAUUGAUAUUUUGGUGAACAAUGCGAGCGCUAUUAGCUUGACCAACACAUUGGAUACUCCUACAAAGAGAGUGGACUUGAUGAUGAGUGUCAACACCAGGGGCACCUACCUUACAUCCAAAGCAUGUAUUCCUUUUUUAAGAAAGAGCAAAGUAGCUCAUAUUCUCAAUCUCAGCCCACCCUUGAACCUAAAUCCUCUGUGGUUCAAACAGCACUGUGCUUAUACCAUUGCCAAAUAUGGCAUGUCUAUGUGUGUGCUUGGAAUGGCAGAAGAAUUUAGAGGUGAAAUUGCAGUCAAUGCCUUAUGGCCUAAAACAGCUAUACACACUGCUGCUAUGGAUAUGCUCGGAGGAUCUGGUAUUGAAAUCCAGUGUAGAAAAGUUGACAUCAUUGCGGAUGCUGCAUAUUCCAUUUUUAAAAGGCCAAAAAGUUUUACCGGAAACUUUAUUCUUGAUGAAAAUAUCUUGAAAGAGGAAGGAAUAAGCAAUUUUGAUGUCUAUGCGAUUGCACCAGGCCAUCCCUUGAUACCAGAUUUCUUCUUAGAUGAACACCCAGAUGAAACUAUGAAGAAAACAGAGUCACAUGAUCCUGUGCCACAAGUAAAAGAAGAGAAGCCACAGCCACAGCCACCACCGCAGCUGCAGCCACAGCCACCACCACAGCUGCAGCCACAGCCACAGCCACCACCGCAGCUGCAGCCACAGCCACAGCCACCACCGCAGCUGCAGCCACAGCCACAGCCACCACCAAAACCACAUUUUGGAGCUGUGGAAGAAACAUUUAGAAUUGUUAAGGAAUCUCUCAGUGAUGAGGUCGUUAGAGCCACACAGGCAGUCUAUCAGUUUGAACUCUCAGGUGAAGAUGGUGGCACAUGGUUUCUUGACCUGAAGAACAAGGGUGGGAAAGUUGGACAUGGAGAGCCUGCUGAUCGGGCAGACGUGGUGAUGAGUAUGACCACCGAUAACUUUGUCAAAAUGUUUUCAGGGAAACUAAAACCAACCAUGGCAUUCAUGUCAGGAAAACUGAAAAUUAAAGGAAACAUUGCCCUCGCAAUCAAACUGGAGAAGCUAAUGACCCAGAUGAAUGCCAGACUGUGAAGGACAAGGGCAAAAGCAUUGACUCUUCUCAGAAGUAAAAAGCUCAAGAGUUAACAUCAGAUGUCUCCUCCACUGUCUUAUAAGGACACAUAUGUUUGUUCUGGAAAAAAAGUAGAAUUUCUGUAUCUAUAUGACUUGAAAUUGUAAUUAAAACAACUAACCAAUUAAGUACAAGUUUCAUUAAGUGGCAUCUAAUACACUGUGAGUUUUUUUCUCUAUUUUCAGUUUUUCCCUCUAACCCUUUAUUUCACUCAUUGCUGUUUUGCAGGAAAACUAUGUAUCAUGAACAACUAAUCAGUAUCAAGCAAUAGAAUUAGCUCUUUACAAAACUUCUCAUGUAAAAUGAAGUUACUUUAUCUUCACAAAGACAGUUGGGCAAAGAACUACAAUAUAUCUCUUAUCCACUGCCAGUUUAUUCCCAGCAGUGUUUUGUAGACUUCAGUAUAUAAUACUUUUAGGAAAAAUUUUGUUUAACUUAUCACAAGCAUUUUAUGUUAUUGAUAAUAUUCUGGAUAUCUUUAAAUUUUCAGCUUUUCCUUUUUUUUCCAGAUGGGUUAACCCAAUUGGCCUUGAACUCAGGUCAGUCCUCCUGCCGCAGCGUCCUUAGUGCUAUGAUGACAGAUGUGAGCCAUGAUGCCUAGCUAAAUUGAGUAUUCAGUGCUAACAUAGGGAAAUAAAAUUUUGUUGGUAUGUCUUAUGCCAUGUAAUAGUUAGAUCUACUCACUACCUUUAGCAGCUUUAAAAACAGAUUCUUUAAAUCAUGUUAUAUUCAAAUAAAGAUGAAUUUAUCUCUUUUUUCA